AUGCUCCCGGAAGAACCUCCUACUCAUGAAUCCUUUCGUUAUCGAGUCCAAAUGGCACUGCAGGCGUUGAAUCCCGCUGCCUCGACGUCGGUCGAGGCCUCUGGUUCAAAUUACAGGGAUCUAGAAGCUGCUGAAAAGUCAGCCACAAAAGCCGGUAAUGACUCUGAUGCUGAGUCGCCGCCCGAUUUGAUUGACGACGGAGCUGUCCUCGAAAAAGGAACGCUGGAUCCUGUCUACGAAGCCAAAGCUCGAGUAUUGAACCAUGCUAUCCAAGAAAUCGGAAUGGGCUGGUAUCAAUGGCAACUCUUUGUCGUGGUCGGAUUCGGCUGGGCGAAUGAUAAUUUGUGGCCCAUUGUCACAUCUCUCAUCCUCCCAUCCAUCGUCAACGAAUUCCACCCUAAGCGUGCACCCUAUCUUCCACUCGCCCAGAACAUCGGCCUCCUGCUUGGUGCAAUGUUUUGGGGAUUCGGGUGCGACGUGUUUGGACGCCGCUGGGCAUUCAACUUGACGCUCGGCGUCACUGCAGUCUUCGGACUCCUCGCAGCUAGCGCUUCCAACUUCACCUCUAUUGGCUGUUGGGUCGCUCUCUGGUCUUUUGGUGUCGGUGGUAACCUCCCGGUCGACUCAGCUGUCUUUCUCGAGUUCCUGCCGGGCUCACACCAAUAUUUGUUAACUUUGCUAUCUGUUCUUUGGGCAUUCGCUCAAUUGAUGGCUACCGCUAUUGCAUACCCUCUUCUCGGUAAUGGUAAGUACAGUUGUCAGGAGGGGCAGGAAGUUUGCAAGAAGGAGGAUAAUAUGGGUUGGCGAUAUUUCGUCAUCACUAUGGGCGGUAUUUCCCUCGUACUGUUCCUCGUCCGCUUCGUAUGCUUUACGGUCUACGAAUCCCCGAAAUACCUCAUGGGUAAGGGGAAGGAUGAGGAAGCUGUGAAAGUCGUGCACGAAGUUGCACGCCGGAAUGGCAAGAUCUCCACCCUAACGAUCGACGACCUCCGCGCCUGUGGAGAAGAACAUGGUGGCACCCAGCAAACAGACGCCGCCGCAGCCCUGAAACGUAAACUCGAAAAACUCAACUUCACACACAUCCGCGCCCUCUUCGCCACCCGCAAACUCGGCUUCUCUACCGGCCUCAUCAUGACCAUCUGGGGCUUCAUCGGCCUCGCCUACCCGCUCUACAACGCGUUCCUCCCCUACCUGCAGGCGAUGAAAGGCGCCAAGUUCGGCGACGGGUCUACCAACAUCACGUACCGCAACUCGUUGAUCAUCGCCUCGCUUGGCGUCCCGGGAGUUCUGCUUGGCACCCGGCUUGUUGAGAUUCCGAAUUUUGGGAGGAAGGGCGCGCUGGCCCUUUCGACUUGCCUUACGGGCGCCUUUCUGUAUUGUACGACGACUGCUCUGACGUCAAAUGCGCUGCUGGGGUGGAACUGUGCGUUUAACUUUUGCAGCAACAUUAUGUACGCCGUGCUGUACGGGUAUACACCCGAGAUCUUUCCUACGAAGGAUAGAGGCACCGGAAAUGCCUUGACGGCGACGAGUAACCGGAUCUUCGGAAUCAUGGCUCCGAUUAUUGCCAUGUUUGCCAAUUUAGAGACGUCAGCGCCAGUCUAUACGAGCGGAGCACUGUUCAUUGUUGCCGGGCUACUCGUGGCCAUUUUGCCGUUCGAGUCGCAGGGCAGGGCGAGUUUGUAG